UAGUAAUAUAAUACUAUUUUAAAGAUCACAUCCUCACAGCUUCUAUCCCUCUAUAUAUAAGUCAUCUGCAUCGUGCCACAUAACCUGUGACCCAUAGAGAGAGAGAGAGAGAAAGUAGCUAAUGGAUACCAAAGAAGGGAAGGUCCGGCUUAAGAAAGGUUUGUGGAAACCAGAAGAAGACUUGCUUCUGAAAAAAUAUGUAGAGACUCAUGGGGAAGGAAACUGGGCAACUGUUUCUGAAAAAUCAGGUUUGAAGAGGAGUGGUAAGAGUUGCAGGCUGAGAUGGAAGAACUACCUAAGACCAAAUAUUAAACGCGGUAGAAUGUCAGAUGAAGAAAGGGACCUUAUCAUCAGAUUGCAUAAGCUUCUGGGCAAUCGGUGGUCACUGAUUGCUGGUCGGCUCCCUGGCCGAACCGACAAUGAAGUGAAGAACUACUGGAAUACCCAUUUGAACAAGAGAAGCUCUCCACCCAAAACAACAAAUCACGGUCACGGUGGGAGUAGUGAUCCCAAUACCAAUAACAACAACAAACUCUGCCCCUUGCCUAAUUCUCAACUCCCUGCCAAUGAAAAUCAUCAACACAACACCACCACCGAAAUAUUCCACGCAACAAAACAAGAUGUCAACAACGUGACCAGUCCUAGUUUUGAAGACACCCGCAUCUUCAAUUAUGAUGAGAUACAACCUCUACUGUUUCCUGCCAAUAAUGCACCAUUGUUUUAUGAUGAUGAGCCUAUCAUUCCCAUCUUAGAUUCAUUUGUUUUGUUUUAAUCAUUUAGAAGCUGUGGAUGGAUUAAAAAAGGACGUUCAAUUCAACCAGUCGUCUUCUUGUAAUGUGAAAUUUAAAUGUUGCACUGUUCAGGACCACACGCACUCAUACAUGUGUGUGUGUGUAUAUAUUAAUGAUUGGCCAGCUGUUGGAAUUCUGUGCAUUUUGGUACUCCAGGAAAGGUCCCCCAGUCGGUAAGUCUGCAUCAAAAAUAACUUUGGCAGAAAAAUCUAUGCCCUUCCAGUCAGAAAGGCCCUUAAAUCUUUAUGAACAGGAAAAUAUAGAAUGAAUUAAAGUUCGGGACCAUAAUCGAUCCAAGUAUGUAAUGCAUUGUAGAACACGGUCUGAAAUUUGAAGGAAAAACAUUUCGUCCUUCUUGUUUCCUUGGGUACAAAUCCAUUCACUCAAGUGGAGGUCAUAAACAUCUACCACAAAAAUUAAGAAUAAUUUGAUAUUUCAUUUGAAAUAUGUACAACCCAUCUGAUUAAAAACUUUAAAGAUCAUCAACUGCAUAAAAAAUAUUAUCCUCUUUUAAUAUAGAACUAACAAAUCCAAAAUACGGGCCAUGUUUACAAUACAUCAUCGUCUUGUUGAGGAUAGACUGAA